AUGGCACUUGUGAGAGCAGCUCAGCAAACACCCUCUUCUAAAGCUUUUAGAUGUUGUCGUUAUCACGUGUUCCUGAGUUUCAGAGGCAAAGACACUCGCAAGACUUUCACUGACCACCUAUACACGGCUCUUGUCAACGCUGGAUUUCGCACUUUCCGAGAUGACGAUGAAGUCGAGAGAGGAGAAGGUAUCAAGCCCGAACUGCAGAAAGCAAUCAAACACUCUAGAACUUCUGUUAUUGUGUUCUCGAAAAACUAUGCGUCGUCCAGAUGGUGCCUUGACGAGCUCGUCAUGAUCCUUGAACACAAGAGGAUCUCAGCUGACCAUGUCAUUUUACCUGUCUUCUACGACGUGGAUCCAUCCGAUGUGCGGAAGCAGACAGGAAGUCUUGCAAAGGCAUUUGCUAGACACCAAAAAACCCAACCAUCGAACAAAGAGAAGGAAUGGAGGGAGGCACUUUCAGAGGUUGCAGAUCUGGCAGGGAUGGUCUUACAAAAUCAAGGAUACGAGUCAAAGUUUAUCAACAAGAUUGUUCAAGUGAUAGGAGAAAAACUAAGGCGUAGACCCCUAAAUGUUCCCCACAUCAUGAUCGGAAUGCAUUCUCGAGUCCACGAACUUAAUUUAUGGUUACAAGAUGGAUCAGAUGAUGUCGGCAUACUUGUAAUUUAUGGCAUGAGCGGAAUAGGGAAGACAACCAUUGCAAAGUCUCUUUAUAAUACAAACUUUGAAAGAUUUGGAGGAAGCAGCUUCAUCGAAAACAUUAGAGAAAUUUCACAGCAACCUAAUGGCCUAGUUCAAAUACAAAAGCAACUUCUUUCUGACAUUUUGAAUGGGAGAAAAGUAAAAAUACAGAGUGUUAGUGAGGGAAUGACUGAGAUACAAGAUGCGAUAAGCUCUAAAAGGGUUUUUCUUGUUCUCGACGAUGUGGAUCAUAUUAGCCAAUUAGAUGUGGUGCUUGGAAUGAAAGAUCAGUUUUAUCCAGGAAGUAAAAUCAUCAUAACAACUAGGCGUGCAGGAUUGUUAAAGGCUCAUCAAGUUACUAAGGUGCAUGCAGUUCAAACUUUGGAUAACAAAGAAUCAUUGGAGCUCUUAAGUUGGCACGCUUUUGGCCGAGACCAUCCCAUUGAAGAUUACAUAGAAUAUUCAGAGAAGCUAGUCGAUCAUUGCGGAGGACUUCCAUUAGCCCUUCAAGUUUUAGGUUCUUCGUUGUUGGGGGAAAGUAUAGGUGUAUGGAAAAGUGCAUUGGAGAAAUUAAAAGCCAUUCCAAAUGGUGAAAUAGUAAAUAAGCUAAGAGUAAGUUACGAUUCUUUGCAAGAUGACCAUGACCGAAAAUUAUUCCUUCACAUUGCUUGUUUCUUUAUCGGAAAGGACAAAGAUUGCAUUGUUAAAAUACUAGAUGGAUGUGAUUUCUAUACAAUUGUUGGCAUUCAAAAUCUUAUCGAUAGAUGUUUGGUGACAAUUGAUGGAUGGGACAAGGUGCAUAUGCACGACCUGAUUCGUGGAAUGGGAAGAGAAAUUGUUCACCUAGAAUCAAAGGAGCCUUGGAAGCGUAGUAGAGUAUGGCAUCAUAAGGACUCUUUCAAAAUCUUGACAGAAAAGAAUGUAAGAAAUAUGCGUUAUUUGUAUACAUAUUUGUUUUUAUUCUUCUAAAAUAUUUCCAAAUGUUUUUCCCCUUUAUUUUGUAGGGUACGAAAACAAUUGAAGGUCUUGUUCUAGACAUGCACAUGUGCCCUACAAACAUUCUCAUAUACUCAAAUGAGAUAG